UACGUGCUGUCCCCUGGUAGUGCAGAAGGUCGCUUGACGUGCGGCAGCAACAGCUGUAAACAGGCAGACGAGGCAGAGCGUUUCAGCGCAACAGCACCCAGGUGGACCAAGAUUUAGCCUUAAACAUGAAGACUUUGGUCAUACUCCUCCUGUUGGUUAUUGCAGGAGUGCCACCUCCUCUUAAUGCUGCAGCUCCAGAUAAUUGCACAGUAAUUGAAAACUGUCAGGAGUGUCUGAAUGCUUUGUGUGUUUGGGUCAGAAAUCUCAAUAUUACUGAAGAGUGUCGAGAUGAACCUACACUGGUGUCUCCAGCAGUUGAUUGUACCGCUCCAACCAACACCACCACCACCACCACCACCACCACCACCUCUACCACCACUUCUACUCCAGAAACCACCACCACUACUUCUACUCCAAACACCACCACCACUUCUCCAAAAACCACCACCACUUCUCCAAAAACCACCACCACUUCCACUACACCAACUACCACAGAGGAAACCACCACUGUGCCAACCACUGAGCCUACCACUGAGCCUACCACUGAGCCUACCACUGAAACCACAACAAUACCUACCACAGAGGCUCCAGAAACAUCAACCACAAUGGUUCCUCCAACCACUCCUACCUCCGACAUCCCAACAACUGAUUCCCCUGUUCCAACAACAACAGCUCCAAGCUCUACUCCAUCUCCAUGCUCAGGGCAUCACUUUGAUGCUGGCAGUUUCUUUGGUGGUAUCUUCCUAGCUCUUGGUGUUUUGGUGGUUUCUUAUGCUGGAGUACGGUUCUACCGGGCUCGCAAUGGUGGCAAUUACAAUCAACUGCAAACUGUAUACUGAAGGAAAUGUAAGUGACAUGUCCCCAUGUUGUUUUUUGCAUAGUUCUUUGCCUCCCUCUUAACUCUUUGUUGUGUGUGUGUGUGUGUGUGUGUGUGUGCGUGUGUGUGUGUGUGUAGUACAAGAUGAUGUACAUGACUGCUACAAAGGUGCAGCAAGCUUACUGUAACCACAGGAAACCCAGAAUUGUUUUCCUGGCAUUACCCAGUAGUGCACUAAAUGUGUUCCAGUAACAUGCAUCUACAGAUGUGUAGUAAUACUUUAAUCUAACAACCUUGAGGUUGCUACAGCCAUUUAUGAAUUGCCUUUCUACCAGUUGUUAAGGUAGACUAGAAUUUACUUCAUCUGUUGGAUUGCACAAUCUAGGAAUGUUGUCCUUUUGUGCAUAUGUGUGUGUGUGUGUGUGUGUGUGUGUGUGUGUGUGUGUGCGUGUGUGUGUGUGUGUGUGCGCGUGUGUGUGUGCAUCCAUGCGUACAUGUGUGUGCGUACCUGUGUCCCUAUGUGCAUGCAUGUGUGUAUGUGUCAGCAUUGGUGUCUUGUGUCUGCACAAUGUAUGUUGUCAUAUAUGCUGUUGACCCUCAACAGGUUAUCAUGUUGCACAGUAAAUUUCAUGAUUAAUGAAGUCUAUCUGAUUCCAUCAUACAUUUCAAUACAGCCAAGUUACAUUCUGAUGGAACCAUCAUGAGUCAAAAAUAUUGUAGACUGAACCAUUUAGUAAAUUUCUGGAUGUUUAACCCAUUCAUGCAAUAGCACAUUUUUGUAUUCAGUAUAUAUAUAUAUAUAUAUAUAUAUAUAUAUAUAUAUAUAUAUAUAUAUAUAUAUAUAUAUAUAUAUAUAUAUAUAUAUAUAUGGAUUAUUAAGUGAAGAGAAAAAGCAGGUCAUCAUAUCAGAAACCACACAGGGGAGUUACAGACAGGAUGACAGCCAUAACCUCUCCUCUCUUGAUGUUCUUCCUUUUCCUUAUCUUGUGCCUUGCUCUUUUUUUUUUUUUCCCAUCCCAUUGAAUGCUUAUUGCAUUGUCUUUUAUCUUGUAUGUUUUCUUUCUCUUCCAUUUUCUUCCUUUGCAACUGUUUAUGUAGUUGUGGCUUUCUAUUUUGUAUAGAGAAGCCUAGGCAUUCUAUAGUGAAUGAUGGAAAAUAGUCACAGUAGCAUGAAAAUUAUGUAGCUGCCGAUAUGCCAGUGCUCAACAGGGAAGGGAUUGAUCUGAGACCAAUAAUCCUUUCUGACCAUAAGGGAGGCAUGCAUACCACUGUACAUGCUAAUAUGUUGUUCCUUAAUAGUUCUUAAAGAUAGGACAUUGUAUUCAAGCCUCCAUAGUUACAUAAGAACAAAAUUAGUUUUAAAUAGCUGCUAGAUGACAUACUUUUAGUGUAAUUGGCUUUUGACACAAUUUCAUGCCUCCUCUUUCUGUUCAGUAAAUUGAGGGUUUACUGUAUAUAUUAUACAUACACAUGCACCCAAAGUAUUGAUAAUGUAAGAAUCUUUUAGGAGAAAGGAACUGAACCUUCUCUGCCCACAUUGUGAUGCAUGUUAGAAGCAAAGACAAAACUGUAGGUGCUUGAAACUCAUUUCCGUCCACACUGUGGGAAAAGUGUUAUGCAAUCAGCUUUGCAUUAAUAGUAUGCCCACAUGCUGCUUGCACCAGUAAGAAUACUUUUGGAUGC